UCUUCUACUGGCUCUGUAACCGCAGAGGGAAGAAAACCCAGAUCUCACUGGUUCACCGUGGUCUAGUAGUGGCGAUAUUUCUUCGGUGCUUGUUCUUCAUUCUUACUGGCACACUGGCCAAUGUAGGAAAUGAAACUGUUUGUAAGAUGACAGGAUCCCUUCUGCAUUAUGCGCUGCUGAGCACACUCUGCUGGAUGGCCAUGGAAGUGUUUCACACGUUCUUGCUCAUUCGCAAAGUGUUCACCUCAACUCUCCCGACAUGGAUAUUUUACUUGGUAGGCUUUGGUCUUCCGUUUCUGCUGGUCGGUAUACUGCUCUCGAUACAGGAUAUUUAUGAUGUGGAUAUUUAUGGCAAAAGGGAGAUUGUACCAAGUGAUGAUGUCAACAGUUCUUAUCGCAUGUGCUGGAUGUUGGAGAAUGAAAAGAGCCUAUUGGCUCAUUACAUCAUAAAUGUUGGCUUACUAGCUGUUGUGGUGAGCUCUGGAGCCAUCAUGCUUUUCCUUGUGGUGAGGGAGAUCCGCAACCGACCUGACUGGAAGAAGAUUCAUGUGGCUUUUCUCAGUAUCUGGGGUCUCACCUGUCUGUUUGGCACAACAUGGGGCCUUGGUUUCCUGGAUUUUGGUCCUAUGUCAGAGACCAUUCUCUUCCUCUUCUGCAUUAUCAAUAGUUUACAAGGAUUUUUUCUCAUGCUGCGAUACUAUGCUCUUGAACGGAUGAAAAAGAAAGAUAGGUCACUUUCGGAUGGGAGCAGCUCUGGAUCUUCAAAGCAGCAUAUGUUACAGACUCAUGAGAAGAGUUAAAACUCUGGUGGUGCUCAAACAGUGUCUUUCUGCCAAGUUUCACUUCUUUCAGAGAUGUUACCUUGAGAGAUUAUUCACAAAGGGCAUUUCUAAAGAUCCUUUCUCAUCCUGCUGGUUAGGGUGUUGAAUGUUCCUCAGAUGACAUUGCACUGAUAACGGGUCACAGAGCAACGGGUAGAUAAGCAUAAAUGAUCCACCUGUCAUAAGCUAUAUUUCUGUAUUCGUAUUCUUGGUAUGAGUAUGUUAGUUUGCUCAGCACUUUAGCUUUUUACUACUGUGUAAAACUGCUGUAUUCAUUGUGAGAUGUGAAUAGGUGAUCUUGCAAAUAACUUUUAAUGAUAAAUAAUU